CUUCUAAAGCUGAGAAGUCGAUGCAAGAUUAGCAAAGUGGAGCCUACAAGUGGACUUUGGCUAAGCUAGAAUACUUAAUAGAUAUUAUCUACUUAAAUGGUCUGCAGCAUCUGACAAUGAAAUGACCAAUGUCAGCUGGAAAGAUUAUUUCGGUAGCUUGAAACUGGAUAUUCUCCACAUGUUUUUAACCUACUGACUGCUCAGAGGGGUUUAAGUGCUGUAGUUCUGUAUAAGAUAAAUUAUCAAGAUAAUAUGGUGUAUCUGGGAGAAGGCAGAUGGACUCAUAUGUUCCCUUUUCUCAUAGCAUCAAUUGUGUAUUCUGGUAAUGCUGAAUAUUCUAAUUGUGGUGAAAAUGAGUAUUACAAUCAGACAACUGGAAUGUGCCAUGAGUGUCCACAGUGUGAGCCAGGAGAAGAACCUUAUAUGACAUGUGGGUAUGGCACUAGAGAUGAAGACUAUGGCUGCAUCCCAUGCCCAUCAGAAAAAUUUUCUAAAGGUGGAUAUCAUAUUUGCCGGAGACACAAAGAUUGUGAAGGUUUCUUUCGGGCGACAGUGAUGACACCUGGAGAUAAAGAAAAUGAUGCCGAAUGUGGGCCUUGUCUCCCUGGCUAUUAUAUGUUAGAAAACAGGCCUCGGAAUAUAUAUGGGAUGGUUUGUUACUCAUGUUCUAUGGCGCCUCCAAACACUAAAGAAUGCACAGGAGUUACUUCUGGUGUGUCAGCCAGUUUCCCAAGUACAUCUGGCACAAGUACUCAUUCUCCUUUUCAACAUGUGCACAAAGGAGAUCUUUCUGGUCAAGGGCAUCUGGCUACUGCUCUUAUCAUUGCCAUGUCCACUAUUUUCAUAAUGGCUAUUGCUAUCGUGCUGAUCAUCAUGUUUUACAUUAUGAAAACUAAAACUUCAGCUCAAGCAUGCUGCACCAGCCAGUCAGUGAAGACGGUAGAAGCCCAGGCCAACGUACAGGAAGAAAAAACAGAAGCCCAAGAAAAUGGAAAAAUUUUCUCUGAGAAAGAUGAAUUUGGAAAAUUGACAGCAACUCCAGCUAAGGUUGUCAAGAGUGAAAACGAUGCUUCUUCAGAGAAUGAGAGGCUUUUAAGUCGCAGCAUGGACAGUGACGAAGAAGCUGCAAUUGACAAGCAAGGGACUCCAGAAUUGUGUUUGUUGUCUCUGGUACAUUUGGCUCGAGAUAAAUCUUCAACAAACAACAAAUCAACCGGAAUACAAAGCCGGAGAAAAAAGAUACUCGACCUAUACACUAAUGUAUGCAGUGUGGCAGAAGGCCUCAGUCCCACAGAGCUGCCCUUUGAUUGUCUGGAAAAGACCAGCAGGAUGCUCAGCUCCACUUACAACACCGAGAAAGCCAUUGUGAAGACCUGGCGCCAUCUUGCUGAAAGCUUUGGAUUGAAGCGGGAUGAAAUUGGUGGCAUGACAGAUGGCAUGCAACUCUUCGACCGCAUCAGCACAGCUGGGUAUAGUAUCCCAGAACUGCUGACAAAACUGGUUCAGAUUGAGCGAUUGGAUGCGGUAGAGUCUCUCUGUGUAGACAUCCUAGAGUGGGCCCAAGUGAUGCCGAAGCCUGAUCCAGCUGUGACCUCCUGACUUGCAUUUUUGUGAUUUUCAUUUCCAGACGAUGAUGGGGUGAUUGAACUAACAAAGGGAUUGAGAAGAAGAUAAACUUUUGAAACGUCUGUAGCUUUUGUUUCAGUAUCGUUUUUGCUAUUGAAACAAUAAAAAACAACAACCACCAA